GGCCAAUUCGACGAUCCUCCCGCUCACACCCCAUCCUCCUCAAGUCCGCGCAGCAGUCGGCGUCGAAGCAACCAACAGACCGCCUGGCCUUCGACGGAUGAGGUCACAGUGCCAGCUAACGCAUCUGCCACGCCGACGACCUCGCUCCCUCCGACGACCGCAUCCGUAAGGAGAGAUGCCUACGAAGCGACAUAUCAACGAAGGAGACGCCCGAGAAUGCCAGAUUCGCCAGGCUCGCAUGACGAACGGGAUGCCGGUCCACCUGCAGCUAAGAGACGGAAGACAGACGCCAGCCAUGACGAGGCGUGGCCGAAGCCAAUCAAAUACGGGAAAUAUGGGCAAGAGGUGCCGGGAAAGCUGCGGUUGAAGAUUGUCAGCUGCGAUGGUGGUGAGCAGCAGGACCCGCGAUAUCCAGCAUUGUCGCUCGGCUGUGAGAAUAUCUUACGCCACGAUCGGAGCGUGUACAGCUCCAGUCGACCCGGCUGUAAUAUUGUGUUGCGACACGAAGACUGGACGCCGUUUUGCCUGGAGAAAUUGCACAUUGUCGCGCCCGAGGACGGAUUUCGAUAUCCCGUCGGACGAGGAAUUGUCCAUGUCGCUAUGAAUCUG